AUGGCGAGACUCAACGAGCCACCAGUUUCUGCAGACAGCUUAGAAAUCCUGCGAAGGAAAUUUUUGCGACAAAAUCGUGACAUUGCUCGCGUCAACUCUACGCAAUCCCUACGAAUUCGAAGUCUUGAGAAUGAAUGUGCGCGCCUCCUAUCAGAGAACCUCGACCUAAGGGGACAGAUCCUUCGACUAGAAAAGGCAGCCGAGAACAAUCCUGCCAGUCGCAUCGCAGACCAUGCCUUGGAAAUCAAGGCGAAGAUGGAGCUUCAGCUUCUCGAACUGGGCUCUCUGCUUGACAGUCUAGGCCUUGAGCCGCCGAUGAAGAGGAGGUCCCCCAAUAGGGGAGAGAGGAAAAUCGCGAAGCCUAGAAGAAGCAGUCUAGGCCAGAGCCCACGCCAGAAGAAGACGAAAGAGAUGAACAUCGAAGAGCAGGAGGCAUUGGCAGCACAAGAAGGCCGCCUACCUCCGAUUCACGAGCACAAGUCCUACCCGCGCCAGACGUUAAAUCGCCGGGAAAUUCUUGCCCUGUGUUCAGAGGCCGAGGCCGAGGCUGAGGCUGAGACCUCAACCGACUCUCCUGUCUUGGGGCCACCUCCAGUGUCGAAAUAUGUUGAAGACGAGCCUGAGAAAGUAGACUCACCAAACACUGCCAGGCGUCUGCUUGUAUACUCGGAUAUAACCGUUUCGGAGAAGACCAACCUAGCUCCUCCCAAGAUUGAUCCACCGGAAAAGGCUCCUAUUCAGAGUCCUUCGAAAAAACCAUCCCGACGCCCAGACCCGAAAGUAAACCCAGAACCGAAAGCCGAUGCGCUUCAGUCACCAAAGCCACUUGCGCCAACACCAGCGCCAGCGCCUGUGAAGCCUGAACCAACCGCUGCGAAAUGUGGAUCUAAGAGAAAACAGGCAGUCGCAGACGAGAAUGAUCCUCCCAGCUUCGCAAAGGACAACAACACCAUAUCUAAUUCCAUAUCGACCCCGGAGAAGCCAAAGUCUGCAAUGGUGCGGGAAAUCAAGAACAGGAGGAAUUCAAGAGGCUUGCCUGGCGCACGAAGGGAUGCCCGGGACAGAAAGUCCAGUGCUACUGCGCCUGCUCCGGCACGACCGGCGCUCGCUGCAAAGAGCACGAACGAGGAUGUAUCAUCGCCCAGAAAGCUCCCGGCCAAGGGAGCAGCUGUGGACUGUGAGAAACCCAGCAGCAAGGCCGCCACUCAGAAAGAAGUGAAAACCAAGGCAGCACCGCUGCCAGCCCUGGCAGAACCUACUCCGGUUCCGAUACUGCCAAAGUCGCCUUCUCCACCGCAGGUGAUAAACAUCCAUCCAUCCGAUUUGGCAAGUCCAAACACCGCUGCAGCCCAGCUGCUCUCUCCAGGAACUCCUGGAAGGGCCCCCACAAAGGACACAUCCUGCGACACGCCACCGCCCCCUGAUAUUUCAUCGGGAGGCGACACAGCCAGACCGAGCAGGAGAUCCAGGGCGUCGGUCAGCUACGCGGAGCCGAACCUUAGGGAUAAGAUGCGACGGCCGAGCAAUGAACUGACGGAUGCCGUGUCUGGCAAGGGCAACAAGUACAAGCAACGGGCUUCUAUCAGCCAUGACGCGGCCCCUCCACCAAGAUCAGCAGCCAAAGAAAAACCGGCCGCAUGCACAUGAAAACGAG